AUGCCUGCCUUGAGAUGGGGCAUUGUGAGUUGCUGCAAAGCUAGUUGUGACUUUGCUGAAGCCCUAACAUCAUUUUCACGCGAAGAACACGUUCUUACUUCCAUAGCUUCCACAAGUAUGAAAACUUCGCAGGAAUUCAGCAAGAAAUACCAAGUGCCGAAUGCCUAUGAAACCUACGAUGAAUUGGCCACAGAUCCAGAAGUUGACAUAGUCUAUGUCGCUGUUAUAAUCCCCAUGCAUUUUGAUCUCACUAAAUCUAUGAUAAACAAUGGGAAACAUGUGGUUUGCGAAAAACCUCUAAGUUUUUGCGAGAAAAGGGCUAAAGAAUUGUCGAUUCUGUCGAAAAUAAAAAAGGUGUUUCUCAUGGAAGCUAUGUGGACCAAAUGCUUUCCAGCAAUGGAUUAUUUGGCCGAAGAAAUCGAUAACGGUACCAUUGGUGAAGUCCUGUUUGUUCACGUAACAUACGGGCGUUCUUCGUACAACAAAAAGAAGCUGAAUUUAAAAGAGAUAUAUCGGGGUGUUAUAAUGGACUUGGGGGUUCAUGCUCUGGCUUUUCAGGAGCAAAUUUUCAGGAACCAUGUUUCAACCAAAGUUCUAACGGCUGGCCAUUUGAACAAUCAAGACGUUGAUGAAUCUGCCAGUUGCAUUAUAAAUUACCCAGAAGGGAAAACUUGUGUUAUAGCAAUACAUACGUGUGUUGAUUUGCCGAAUGAAGCCAUUAUUAUUGGUACCAAAGGUACCAUAAGGAUACCGCACUUUUGGUUUCCGACCAAAAUUAUCAUGCCCCGCGAAACCAAAAAGUUUCCUUUACCUGAAGGUGAAACGGAGGUUUCUAGAGUGGUGGCUUUUAAGUAUUUGAUUGAGGAGGUGGGGAAAUGCGUUGAGGAUGGGAAGUUGGAAAGUGACAGGCACACGCAUGCGUCUAUGCUACAGGUGGUUCAUUUUAUGGACCUGUGGAGGAAUCAACUCGAAGUUAUCUAUGAGGUGGAUGAUAGUUGA